AAGAGGGAAUUAAAUCAAUCACAAGACUAAAUUAUCGUAGUUACAGAAAAAAAACAUUAAUGAGUGGGAUUAUAAGGACAGUUUAAGAACAGCAACAGCAAAAAAUCAGCGUUUUCGUAACCUAACAUGACCCAUCAUCAUGACACGCAUCAUCGACACGUGUUUGUUCAAGGGCGUGGCGAGGAUGAUCGUUGGUGGGCGGGAAGGGAGCGGAGGCAGUCGAUAAAAGGAACGUGAAACACACCGAGUCCUGUCACAAACAAUACGACAGUCAGCAUGAACUUAUUACACAUCCUUCUGCUGGUGGCGGUCACCCGGGCAGAGAAGCUACCGGGGAAUGAGAUUAGCGACACUCCAAAGUCUCUGCCAUCCCCGUUAGCGAGCACGCAGGAAGGGGCGUCGUCAUACUCUUCAUACAACGCCGAAGGUGCGGGGAUGUAUGGCCAGACCACCAAGCAAGCACCCUUUGUCAGCAGCUUCUAUGGUGUCCCAGUCGCCGCUACUUCGACAACUACCACUACGACGACCCCCAGGCCAGCCACAACGCCUAUGUCAUACGGUCCUGCGCCUACCUCCGCAGCCCCAGCAACGCCUCCAGGAUCCCUCCCUUACCCAUCCUAUACGGACAUCCCUCCUGACCUUAGCUUCACGUGCACAGGGCGGCUGGAUGGGUAUUACGCCGACCCAGAGGCGCAGUGUCAGGUGUGGCACUGGUGCGUGCCAGGAGGAUACAAGUACUCUUUUCUAUGCCCCAUCCAGACGCUCUUCAACCAGGCCACAAGAACAUGUGAUUGGUGGUACAACGUGGACUGCCAGACCGCAGCAUCAUUAUAUGGGAACAAUGCUGAGCUUUAUAAAGUUUAGACUGGGGCUGUGAGGAAGUAUCUGUAUGCAGCAGUCUAGAUUCUGUGAUAAUAGAGAGCUAUCAGAGAAGUGCAAAUGAUCAUAGUUGUUUACCAGUUUGGAUAUGCCAAACAUUUUGGCUUUUAGUAAUGCUAGAUAGUUGUGCAGGUGUUUUCAUUGCAUAUUUAUUCACUAACACAAAAAAAUUCUGCCAUGUCAACAUCUGAGGUCAUUACUGGUGUAUUCAAAAUAUAGUGAUAGGGUAUGGCUUGGGGACAAGGCCCCCCAGGUAAGGAAGAAGUUCAGAAAGCAAUGUUUGUGUAUUCCCAGAAUGGUUAAUGGUCAAAACACUUAAAUGUGCAGACAUCAAUGAUCAUAUAGCACUCUGAUAAAGUAUUGCAGCAGAAAGGUUAAAAAUUAGUUAACAAUUUGGACAAAACACGCUAGAUGCGAAAGCCUGUAGAAGGCUGUAGAUUAGUAUGGUAGUGAGAAGGGUAAAGAGGGAAGAGCAAACGGAGUAGGUGUAUGAAGACCAUUCAGGACUGACACAAA